AUGACAUCAACCUCCACCCCAUCAACACCAGCACAACCACCUGCCCAUGAGGCAACAUCAGACUUCACAAACCCCCCACUGGACUGGCUCGCCCGUACCUGGACGGUGACCCACUCCACCCUCGCCAUGUGGCGCUCCGCCCGCAACGUGCGCAUCACCUACACCUCCCUCCCACCAUCACCCCCUUCGGCCGACGGGCCGCGCCCGCGCGUGGAUGACCUCGUCGAGUACGAGAAGUCAUCGGGCAAGGGCGGGCUCAAGACCGUAGCUGGGAUUGACACCGCAUGCGGGCAGAGCGAUACUGGCUCAUGGGAUUGGCGGGGAAAGGGACUGCUAGGCUUCGUCACGAGCCAUUGGGAGGUUCUGGGAUGGGGUGAGCGAGAGGUCGAGGGCGGCGAGGGGACGGAGGCAUGGGUGGUGACGUGGUUCGCGCCGACGCUGUUCACCAAGGAGGGCGUGGACCUGUACUCGAGCCGACGGGAGGGAAUGAGCCCAAAGCUGGCCGAGGAGAUCCUGGAGAAGCUCAAGGGCCUAGGUGCGAAUGAUGUCGUGGGGAUGGUCAAGGCAGAUAUGAAAGAAGUACAGAUUCAAUUACCCUGGAAGGAGCAGUGA